UUUAGGGAAUGCUUUUUCGGACGAUUACAUUGACGUUCCGAGAAGAGAAGGAGAACGGUGUUUUUACUUGGUUAGGGAGUUCCGUAACUUGUACUUAUUUUUCCCAAUUUUUGUACACUCGUACUGUACGAUAUUUCAGUCUUUCGAACAAAUAUACUUAAUAAUUACAAUAAUGGCAACUCCAAAAGUAUGGGCGAAAAUACAACCUUUGGAAAGUCCUGUCAAUCUAUUGGAUAUCACAUCAGAACAGCUGGCAGCGAGUAUGCAAGAGAAAGAGUUGAAACAAUAUUUUGAUGAGGAGACGAACAAAAAGACGGAUAAAAAUAUGGGAGAGACGUACGAUGCGAGUGAUACCAGUAAUGAUGAAGUUAUAGCAAAUUUGUUGCAAUCUCAAUUUAAUGGAGAGUACAAUACGAUGUUAAAACGCACAGAAGAAAAAUUCAAUCGCGACUCAAAAGUGAGCAUUUCGUAUAGUAAUUACCGUAGCUCUUUACAUGACAUCAAGGAUGAAGAUAAUGCAGAUGCUAAUGUGGAUGACAGCAACAGGGACUUUGAUCGUUUUGUCAGCAUAGAGAAAGAAUACGCUUCGAUACCACGUUGUGGUUACAAGAAGAUGGGCAAAGAUUCUCAGAUUGUUACAAAACAUGACAUGUUAAUGUCUUCCAGAAUAAAUGCUUGUCGGGUUCUACAAUUUCCACCAGGCAUCCAUACGGGUGACACAGGUGGGUUUGAUGUCAAACUGAACAAUAAAGUAUAUAAUACUCUGCGUGCAUACAGUCGUGCACAAUAUUCCAAGGAGAGAGCAAAGGUAUCACCAAAAUCCAAAAAUUCGAAAUAAAGUAUUGAAAAAUCGAAAAUAAAUCUGAUAACAGGUAUUUCUCUUCCAAAUGCAUGCCAGCAGUAUUCCGUACUGCGUUAAUAUGGUGGUAUCUUAUAUUUAUUACAAAAUAUACAGAAAAAUACAUAGCAGCAAAUUAAUAGAA